CGUUUGCCUUGUGAAGUAUUUCGCAAGAGCGUCUAUUGGUUUGUGCAAUGUAUUCACUUGAUAAAUGACCCCAACGGUUUCCUCGAUUGCCUUUCCGCUACCGGUUGACAAAGUUUACCAACAACAGAAUACCUGCUCUCGGAAAUGCCAGUAGAGUGUCGCUGCCUUGUAAUUUAAAGUCAUCUUUAAUUAGUUGGCGGUGUGUCUAGCCAACUACGUAGGCAUCUGCAUUGGAUAUUACAAUGAUGAACGCGGGUUGCCCACGUGAGCAACCAAAACCAUGGGACUUAUAAGUGACGGAGCUCUGGGAUUGGUUGUCUGGCGUGUGACUACAUGGCGUUUAUACGGCGGUCAACCAGUGGUCGUGUUAAAAGAAAAGAAAAGUGCUGGGCGAUUUCAAAUUCGCAGGUGCAGCGUGUAGUAGUCUGGUCGAGUGCUCCGCGCUAUACGUAUCGUGUCCUCUCGCCGGUACGUAACUCACCCGUCGUGUCCUGAUGCUGUGUAUGCACGACGCCGCCGUCUGUCGUUUCCCGUGUGACUUUGAAGAUGCCUUUCCAUGCCAAAGAGUCCCCCUCACCAGUACUUGUUCUCGUACUGUGCCUGUUGACGUUGUUGGUGGGCGCGCAGCGCGCCUCUGGCCUGCCGUCCCCUCACCACCGUACCCCCGCCGCGCGGGCAGCGGGUGGCCCGCUGGACCAAAGCACUGCACGCACCGGGGACCCAGCUAGCAGAAGCUCAUCCACCGAUAGUCAUAGCCGAGAGGAGAGACGACUCGAAGCCAUAAAGGAAUCUAUUCUUGCCACUUUGCACAUGGAGGAGCCCCCUUCGCCCGAGGUCAUCGCCCGGGCUAAGGCUAACUUAUCGCCCGAGGAUGUGGAGCGAGCCUACACAGAAUACGAAGAGAAAGUCCGAGAACUCUCAGAGACAGACGAAAACAUUCCAACAAGAACUCCAAUUCAAACACCAAGAAGGGAAAUUCGGCAAUAUCAUUCAGUAGGGUCAUCAAGGGAAAGUGUUCACUUCAGUCGACACUUGAAACCAGUCACGUUGUUCUUCGGUACAGGGGGCGCGGUGUCGUCCAGCAGACGCGCCGAGGACGUGGCAGACGGGAAACUCAAAUUGUACCUCCGUCCCCACCCCGUGGGUCACACCCGUCACCACACACCGAGGGGCAAGAAGGUAGCCUGCUCAAUAUUCAUGGUUCGUCGAGACAACACCACGGUAAAGGGCCGUGCGGUGUUAGAAGGCAGCGAGAUACAGCUCCUGGAUUCCAAGGAAGUAUCGCUUCAAUCUCCGGGGUGGAAGACGUUCCACAUCACCGAGGCUGUGCGUGGGUGGCUGGACCGGACCGACGGGGACGCAGAGGAGCUUGCCCUGGUGGUGACCGCUGGUGGACGGUCGGCUGAUAACCUCUUCUACCUGGAGCAGGGCUCGGGAUCAACCCGUACCGCAGCCUUCCAGCCUCGCGUCGACGUGCUUUACCGCGAGCCCCCUCCGGUCUUCAACCGUGAGAGACGGCAGGCGAAUCACGACUACAACUGCCAACCGGGGGACGGAGUCACGACCUGCUGCCGGUACGAGCAGCACGUCAGUUACAGCGAACUCGGGUGGAGUGACUGGAUCAUACAGCCCACGUCGUACAAGUCGUAUCAGUGCUCCGGAGGCUGUCCGGCCAAUUUCCGUUCAGCCACUGCCUAUUCACGCAUCAAGUCCUUGAUGCACACCAUCGACCCGGAUGACUGGAAUGCGCCGUGCUGUGCUCCCGUCCGAUUCAGUCCAACCGUUUAUUUGUACAUGAACGGCACGGGAGGUUUUGAGGUGGCCACGCAAACGGACUCCGUUGUGGAGGAAUGCAAAUGUCUAUGAAAAAAAACACCACCACCUCUCUUUCUGUGUUUUCUGUGUUCUCGCAUCAGCUUUCCAUUCAGAGAAGAAAGAAAGUGUAGACAUUUUAUGAGCUCGAAGGUUAUGGAGGCGCACACCAUAUUGUAUUGUAAUUGCAUUUUAAACUAAGUUAUUUAUAUGUUUGUCUGACUUAAGGAGCGUUUUGAGGCAUGUAAUGCAAACACCUUAUAAAAGGUACUAAUUAUGGAAGUUUUAAACUGGAUAGAACAUGCAUUAUAUUUGUUUGCAUGUAAAAAAAAAAAAAAAAAAAACUCGAUCGUGCAUCACUGUUCACUGGUUGUUCACAUGUGGCAUGAUUUCAAACUACGGCCACCGUACAAGUAUAAUGGUUCGAUUCGGUAUUAAUUAUUUAUAUUUAAUACAAUUAACAAAGAGAGUAUAUUCUGAUACACAUCACUUUAAUUCCUGACGUGCAUUUUGCACAUAUUUUAUGCUAUUUAUGUUUUUCAUAGAAUUGUUAUUUGUACAUGCCGAGUACCCGUUGAAUUGAGCAGAAAUAUAUCAUAGUGUUCAGUUGCGUAUCUAUGCGCAUGCGUCUGCGCACGCGUAGAGUCAAUGCAAAGCAUUUUUUGUACACGGCUGUUUACUGCUACGCAUUAUGCCUACGCAUGUUAAUUCUGUCGAAUCUUGGGUCAGGUAGGCGCAAAAUACCACGUGACCAAAUCUGGCACGAUUCUGCACAUUCCCGAAAAUGCCCGAGAUUUUUCGAACUCGUAUACCACUCCGAUAUGCUCGGAAUAGCUCGAUUGUUUCCUGUGUCUAAAAAGUUUGAUUUUACCCCAUCAAAUUAUCCGUUACGUGACCUACUGCACGCACGAUCAAUUAAGAGACAGCAGGAAUGUUUGGCAGGUCAGGGAACCAGACUAUACUACACACGCAUUCUCAAUCCAUCCAACCAGUUCGAAAUCUUCAUAUUUUCACGGGCAUUUACUUGUACAGUAAACUUGGUGUCUUAUAAAAUGUUAGUAAUAUAUUCUUAUAAUAUAUGUUCUAUUUAUUCCAUCCAGCAUUAUGUGUGUGUGUGGUAACUGAGCACGAGUGGGAUGACAAUGAUUUAAAUAAUAGACCUGAUUGCCGAGACCGCCAUUUUCGAUCGUGUUCCCUGAAUUUAUUUUACAAAUUGUAAACUGUUGAAUGGGAUGGUACCAGACUAUUUUAUGAUAGGAGUGCUUGACAAGCCUCUCUCAUUUUGUUUGUAAAUGUGGCUAAAAACGGUAUGUUUAAUCACACAUUUUAAAUUAUUCAUCAGAGCAGACUGGUAUUAAUUUAUAACGAAGUUUUAUUCAUUGCUUUCAUUUCUACUCGCAAGUUCAAAACAAAAGAGUUCACCUCGCUUUUCAGUUUAAAAUGGCCGACUCGUGAUCAAGUCGAUUUAGUUUUCUGACACAUGUACCUUUGAGUGGGUUUAUCUUACGCCUUAUCUAACAAAAUGAAAGCUGCAGCAGGUCAUUUGUAAGUGACGCUCUGUUGAAAAAUAACUUAAAGAAAGGAAAAUUAUGUUGUAAUAUUUAUGACGAGGUUACUUUGAAUUAUUAACAACAUUAACAUUAACAACAGAAACAAUCCAGCUUUUGUAUAAUAUAAUCUAUAGCUAUUUGUGGUGGUGGAUCUACCCAAAUGGUGCUGAAAAAAAAUAUGUAACAACAUUACAACCGACAAGCAUUCAUCUGAAUUCUAUAUAUUUAAUGAUCAUAGUUGUAUCAAAAUUAGCCGAUCAAAGUUUACAUGCAUGAUUUUAUGAAUUUAUGUAUUCGCAAAAUGCCUCGGUCUUAUGAAUUAAUUGAAAACGAUUUUUUGUUUCCAAGUUUUAACAAUAUUAACUCUUAAUACCCAACUGUCAUUCACUGUCGUUAAUUGUCAUAAACUGGUGCAAUAUUAACUUUUUUUAAACGAUACUUUAUAGGGUGAGUCACAAAAAAAGACCCAACUUGUGCCCCCUAUUUUUCAAAGCAGUUCUGCAUGUAGCGCUUUUCAGAUCUAGGAUAUGA